AUGGUUCCUCCUGAAUUGGAUACCAUAAACAUUUCUAGCGCAGAUCAUCCAGAAACCUCAACAGCAAGUGCUAUUUGUUGCAAGGUUGCUUGUGAACGCAGCAGGAAGAAACUCCUGAGGCCUUCAAAUAAAUUGAUCGCCAAUGGACUGAUUUUUCUAGGGGGUGUGAUCUGCCUUUCUCGUGGUCAGUCUAACUUGGGUGCGAAGGUUGCCAUGGCAUACAUAUUGAGUAAGCUGACCAAGCGUGGAGCUUCAUCAAGUCAAAGCCGGCAAGCUUUGGUGCCAUAG